GCAAUGGAAAAUAUUUAAAAGAGAUUGGCAAGCGUUUACCUAGAAAGCAUUCAAUUCAGGUUCAACGAUGGCCAAGUCAAAAUGGGUUGAAACUGGUUUUGACCUUGCAGAAGCAAAUGGAAGACAGUCAGUAUUUUAUGGCAUUGGCCAGAAUUUAUCGAUUCUUUUACAACCCACCUCUUCCUUUAACAGAAAGGAAAGCAUGGAAAGCAUAA